CUCCGCUUUGAGUUGCAACCUAAAGUCACUUCAGAGAUCAGCAUUCGACAAAAUAUUCAUCAGGCGCUUCUGGAUUCAUUCGGCAUAACUGGGGGCUCGAUUCAUCUCGAUAUCCUGUGGGUAUCAGAUGAUGGACUAGAGACCGUUGUUCGAGUAGAUUCACGAGACGCGAGAAAGGUUUUGGCUGCAGCAACCUCUUGGUCUUCUCCAAAAUUCCAGCUCGUGAAGGAAUCACCUUUUCUUCCAUCACUGUUAGCUCGAGAUAUGAUUUUGUAA